AUGGCGGCCAACAUAGAGCAAAUAUUCCAAGAUUUCAUAUUGAGUAAAAUCAGAGAAAUUGAAGACCAGAAUGAAGACAAAUCUGCUGGUGAAGGAGUGGGUGCUGGCAGUGAAAUGGAUGGGACAGACAAAGCCACUUCAGAGAGAGAGAAACAGGAAGACUUCAGGGAAUGUGGGUCACAAAAGAAACAUAAAAAGCACAAAAAACACAAAAGUAAGAAGAAGAGGAGGAACCGAGAGAAGGAGGACAAGGAGAGCAGCUCAGAGCCUUUGGCAGAAGUGGAGGGAGGAAGCAAACAUCAGUCAAGAAGAGGAACACCAACAGAGCUGACUGAGGAGCAAGGUGAGGAGAAGAAGAGUAAAUCCAAAUGCCACAAGCGGCACUCGUCGGGAAAGAGGAAGAAGAAGAAGAGGAAGAGGAAAGGUGAAGAGAACUCGUCAGAUUCUGACUCGGAGUAUGUGUCAAAGCAGAGUCAUAGUAAACGUGGUCAAAGCUUAUCGCCAAGGCGACGAGAGGAACUCCCAGAUAUCAUCCCCAAACAGGACAGCUCCAACAAAGGAAGAAGAGAAGAGGAAAGUUGCAGCAGAAGGCGCUGUUCCCGCUCACAGUCACAUUCCGAUUAUCAUUCACAUUCCUGCUCCGCGAGGAGGAGCUCACGCUCCAGGUGUAGACACCACCACCGGAGAUCCAGGACUCACUCCCGGUCCAGCUCCUCUGAGAACACGCCAGCUCUGGGUGAAUCCAUACAGUCGCCCCAGGCUCCUUCAAAAAGCCUCCAGCCGCCUCCGCUGGCCUCCAGCCCGACCCGGAGACACAUCCCAGCGGAAGAGCUGCAGAGCCCCGACCAGCGGGACAAGCCAGCAGAGACAAAAGAAGAGAGAGCAGAGGUUACAACACACACACAAGCUGCAGGUUGUGGCACAUCCCAGUCCAUAGCGACUGAACCCAACCAGGCCGUGGAGCCCCCCAGUUCCCCUCAGCUUAAAGCAUCAGAACACCCCAGGUACCCUGCCCCCGACGCAAAAUCACCAGUGAAGAAGAAGAGGAAAGCAGCCAAAUCCCCACAGAGGAGCAAAGAGGGAAAGUCAUCGAAAAGGCAGAGAAGAUCCAAGUCACCGUGUAGGAGCCACAGGAAGGGAUCCAGAUCCAGGAGUCCUUCAAGGAGGACAAGGUCACGGUCCAGGUCAGGGGGCAGGAGGGCGCGGAGGUCGCGCUCAUGGUCGGCAUCGCGGGGUCGGAGGAGGGCGACGUACAGCCAGAGGGACCGCUGGAAACGAGAGCCGAGUCACUCCCCUGUGCUCAUCCUCCGCAAAAAUAGAUCCCCCACCAGGAAACACUGCGCUUCAAACAACAGCCCUCAACGCAUCAGUGAACUGGAUAAGGACCAGUUGUUGGAGAUUGCCAAGGCCAAUGCUGCUGCUAUGUGUGCCAAAGCAGGUAUGCCCAUCCCUGCCAGCCUGAGGUCCACGGUGCUUCCUCUGGCUCUGCCAAGUAUGGCCAUGAAUGCUGCCAUGGCCAGUAUGACAGCCGCCACUAUGACAGCGGCCUUGUCUAACAUGGGCACUCUGUCUUCACUGCUCUCACUGCCCUCCAUCACCAACAAGCCUCCCCCUGCUGCUACUCAACCCAACAUCGCUGCUUUGGAGGAGGUGAAGAGGAAAGUGGCGAAGCAGGCCAACAGCAUCAGCAUUAAGGAGUUUACUGAUAAAUGCAAGAUGAUCGUGGACAGUAAAGGAGAGCUGCCGGUGGCUGUGCCUCACAUUUCAGACGAAGAGGAUGAUGGGAAACCGUUUGGAGGAUCGGCUCUCCGAGAGCAGAAAGCCAUCAGCUUCAGCAUCAAUAACACGACAGUUCGUCCAGCGGUGCGGAGUGACGCAGGCAUCGCCAAGGAGUUUCCUGUGUCGUCAGGAUCCCAACAUCGUAAAAAGGAGGGCGAGGCAAUGGGUGCCUAUGGAGAAUGGGUUCCUGUUGACAAAACAACAGACAAAGCUUCAACUGCCUCCAGAAAGACCCCGACCACCGUUCCCAUAGCGACAGCCACCUCGUCCUCAGGUGAACCGGCGGCAGCAGGGUCACCCGAGGCUGUCGAGCAGCCAGCGUUUGUGCCAGCUGCUGACAGUGUGUUUCCUGACCCACUAAUGCAGCCAGUGGACAUCUCUCAGGCUGUAACAGAGCGAAUCAAAGCUCAGAGGCGUUUGGCGGAGAACCCCUACGAUGUCAGUGCCAUCUGCAUGCUGAGCCGCGCGCAAGAGCAGGUGGAUGCGUGGGCCCAAUCCAACACUGUCCCUGGUCUCUUCACUGGUUCCACAGGAGCACAGGUCCUCAGCUCAGAGGAGCUGUCCACCAGCGGACCACAAGCCUGGCUGAAGAAGGACCAGUUCCUCAGGGCAGCUCCAGUAUCAGGCGGCGUCGGGGAGUUCCUCAUGAGGAAGAUGGGCUGGAGGACGGGGGAGGGCCUAGGGAGGAACCGCGAGGGCACUGUGGAGCCAAUCAUCAUUGACUUCAAGGUCGACCGCAAAGGACUUGUGGCUGAAGGAGAGAAGCCACAGAAGCAGACGGGAGGACUGGUGGUAACCAAGGAUCUCAUGGGAAAGCACCCAGUGUCUGCACUCAUCGAGCUGUGCAACAAGAGGCGGAUCAUGCAGCCAGACUUUGUCAUGGUUCACCACAGUGGCCCUGACCACCGCAAGAACUUCCUCUUCAAGGUGACGGUGAACGGCGUGGACUACCAGCCCCAGACGGCGAGCCCCAAUAAGAAACACGCCAAGGCCAUGGCAGCUACAGUCGCCCUGCAGGCUCUGGGGGAGGUUCCUGUUGAUGGGCCGGGACUCUACACCGGCCCCGUCUUCACUGCUGCUUCCACCGGCCCCCUGUUCUCCACAUAGACGGUUCGACGAUUCGACUCUCACCUUCAGUUGCGGGACACAGACAGACCAGCCAAUCGUUUCCACUCUGGUGGCUUAUUUAUACUGUAAGACAUGAACAAACACAACAGCUGAGAACCGUGAAGAGCAGUCUGGCUCCAGAUGGCUCAGAGUGUCUUUGAAUCAAAGCUGCUACUGACCAGUUUUAUACCUGCCAAACCACACUAAUGGUUUUUAAGUCACUAUAUUUCUGCCAGGCUUUUAGGACUGAGAAAGAGAAAGAGUCUCCAUCUCAUGCUAAAAGUUGAUGGCAUGUAUUUAUGUAUCUUAUGUGCGUAUGAUGACAUUUAUAACAUAGUAGCAUUUCAGCCUGAUGUAUAUUAGCUUCCUUUAAUCGAACCCUCGACCGGACACAAGUUUCUUUGCAGUAGAUUUGUUGUUGGUUACAUUGAAGCAGAGCUGAGUCGGGCUGUUGAAUGAGAAGUUCUAUCUGUAGAUGAGUGUGUUUCUGUUGGUCCUGGUACUAUAUAUAUAUAUCGAUAUAUAUCGAUAUAUAUAUCGAUAUAUAUAUUUGUGGCCUGGUGUCCUUCUAACAAAAUGUUUCUCAUACAAGAUGCUGUUAAACUUUGUGGAACUGACCUUCUAAAAAUGU